GAGGGGAACAUGCGCCGACCGACGGUCUCGACCCUGGCGUAAAACGUUCUUGAUUCCGUCAGUCAGUUCAGUCUUGUUCGGGACUUCGGUCAUAACGGUGCUCCUCUUGGAUGCUACGGUUUAAGAUCACAAAUUGAGUCAGUUGAGUGUCUAUUGAGAAUUAGUUUUUCUCGUUCCUUGUACAUAUGCUUGUGAAAAAGUAUCACGGGCAUCUCGAAUUUUGCAUAGUUUCGUCUACGUCUGAACUCUUUUGAAACCUUCACAGCAACACCCGACAAACGUAUCUCGGUCAUGUGUUCUGGCCGAUAAAGGAUUGAUAAGGAGGACGAAUAUUUUUGGAAGUGACAAUUAAAGUUGACGACGGGGGGUCGCGAGGAAUUCGGAAAAAUGACAAACGGCGGAAGUGCGGCGCAGUGCUCGCCGUCCCGUGCGUCUCUGAGUUGUUGCCAGGUCGACAACACCAGUAACGACGACGUGCACGAGGAUAUGUGCGUGCCCAGGAAGAACAAUUACCUCCUGCAGGAGAAGCACUCCUUUCCAAAAAGACCUGAAGUCGAUCUGAGCUUUCACCAUGUUCGGUAUCGCGUUCGCAGAUGGAAUAUUCGUAAACUGGUUCCUGAAACCAGCGAGAUUCUGCACGGCGUGAGCGGGGAAUUCAGGGCUGGAGAGUUGGCAGCCAUCAUGGGACCUUCCGGUGCUGGAAAAUCGACGCUGCUCAACGUUCUUGCUGGUUACACCGUUCAAGGUGUUACUGGAGAAAUCAUGGUGAAUGGCAAGACUCGUGUACCGCAUAGCGAAAGAUGGAGGCGAACUUCGUGCUACAUUCAACAAGAUUCGUGUUUGAGAGCUCGACUAACUGUAGGGGAAGCCAUGAGUAUCGCUGCGCAUCUUAAACUAGGCUAUACCAUUAGCUCGGCAUUCAAACACACUCAGGUUCUGGACCUCCUGGAGAUGCUUGGAUUAAGUCACUGCUACGACACAUUGUGCGGUCAGCUAUCCGGUGGGCAGAAGAAAAGGCUCGACGUGGCUCUUGAGUUACUGAGCAAUCCUUCGGUAUUGUUCCUCGAUGAGCCAACCACUGGUCUCGAUUCGGCCUCGUGCAGUCAGUGUAUUCUUUUACUUCAACGAUUGGCCAAAGUUGAAAGACGUACUGUAGUGUGCACGAUACAUCAACCCAGUGCAUUGCUGUUUGAGAUGUUCGAUUCUCUUUAUGCAGUUGCCUCUGGUCACUGUAUAUAUAGAGGUCCUGUACAGAACCUUCUGCCACAUUUAGCAUCUGUAGGAGUACGAUGCCCACCUUAUCACAAUCCUGCUGAUUUUCUACUGGAAGUAGCAAUCGGUGAAUAUGAAGUAUCAGUGGACAAACUAGCAACUGCUGCUGAAAAAAUGUGGGAAGAUCAAAAAACUAUCAUGCCCGCUCCAAAGUCUCAGCUUCAAUCCAAUACCAAGGAACCUCCACCACCAGCAGGCUUCGUUGCACAGUGUUAUCUUCUGUACAAGAGACAACUUAUGUGCCUGAAGAGAGAUUACACACUCUUGGUGGUUCGACUGAUGUGUCACUUGAUGAUCGGCGUGAUUUUCGGCUACUUGUACAUGGGAAGUGGUUAUAGAGCCAACGGUGUUCUAGCCAAUUAUGCAUACUUGUACGGAUCUCUAUUACUGAUUGUCUAUACCGGAAAGAUGGCUGUGACUCUUGCCUUUCCAAUAGAAAUGCAGAUGUUAACGCGGGAACAUUUCAAUCGGUGGUAUCGCCUAGCACCGUAUUAUAUCAGUAUGCUGCUCAUCGAAAUUCCAUUCCAAGCAGCGUGCGCUGCUACUUACCUUGCUGUCAGUUAUUGGCUAACUGGACAGCCUAUAGAAACUCACCGUUUCAUCUCUUUCAUGGUUGUUAGUAUAGCUGCCAGUUUGACCGCACAGGCAUGGGGAUUCUUCAUCGGUGCGACGACUCCUGUCAAGAUUGCAGUAUUCGCCGGUCCUAUAAUAGCUGUACUGUUCUCCGUGUUUGGCUUUUGCAUUCGUUACAUGGAUACGCCAGCCGGGUUCCGUUGGAUAUUCCAUAUAUCGUACUUUAGGGCUGGCUUCCAUAGCCUGCUGUAUACGAUGUAUGGAUUUGAUAGGAAGGAUCUGAAGUGCGACGAUUUUUAUUGUCAUUACAAGAAGCCCACGAAAUUUCUUACGGAAAUGGAAAUCAGUGAUACUAACGUUGUCAACAACCUGGUGCUCAUAGUUGGUAUCGGUGUUCUUAUGCAUUUACUUACGGCAAGUGCACUCUGGUGUAAACUAAAUAGAAGAUAUUCGUUCGUUCGAUCGCAUAAAAUCGUCAUGACAGAAAAGUUAUCCUUGAGUUUACCAGAUCCGCCGGGAUUUCGUAAAUCAGUCUUAACACCGAAUAUAAGUGGAAAGAGCAACAAGUACUUUAUCAGUGCACCGACAUCACGACAUGUCUACAAAUCUGUCAAUCUUGUCUUUAAUAGUAUUUCCUACAACGUGCGGACUGGACUCUUCAGACAAGGAAAACGAAAAUUACUGCACAACAUAUCCGGAGAUUUCAGAGCCAGCGAACUGACCGCCAUUAUGGGACUCUCCGGGGCUGGCAAAUCUACUUUAAUGGACAUCCUGGCUGGUUUCACGAUUUCCUCGGUCGCGGGAAACGUCCUGGUGAACAGCAAGGAACGAGAUCUCCCGACGUUCAGAAGGUCAUCCGCCUACAUUAUGCAGGACAGUAAACUGCAAUCUCUUCUUACGGUUCAAGAGACGAUGCAGGUUGCAGCUGAUUUGAAAUUGAACCUGUUGCCCCGUGAAAAACUGGAAAAGAUCGACGAAAUUCUCGUAGCGUUAGAUCUUGAGGUUUGCCGUGAUAUUCGCACGAGCGCUCUGAGCGGGGGUCAGAAGAAAAGAUUAGCCAUUGCUCUGGAACUCGUGAACAAUCCACCGGUGAUGUUCUUCGACGAGCCAACAAGUGGACUCGAUAGCGUAUCUGCGAAACAGUGUCUGGGUCUUCUGAAAGCCCUAGCACGAGAAGGUCGUACUGUCAUCUGCACUAUUCAUCAACCUAGCGGAACGUUAUUCGACAUGAUCGAUCAUCUUUAUGUGAUUGCUGGUGGGAAUUGCGUAUACACAGGUGGCACGAGUAACCUGGUGCCAUACUUAGCUAGCCUUGGUCUUCAAUGCCCGUUAUACCACAGUCCUGCGGACUUCCUAUUGGAGAUAUGCCAUGGCGAUCAUGGAAAUCAUUUGUCCACGCUCAUAGCGUCUAUUCAAAAUGGCAAGAGCAACGAGUGGCGCGUGUCAGCUGUUGGUCGAGUUACCAAGAUGGAGGAAAUAAUAGCAGCUGAUCUAACUAAUCCGGCUAAGGCAUCUAAACGUCCAUUGAGUCAUGGGGAACCACCAGGAUUGGAGAAGGAAGGAUUUAAUUCUAGAGACUAUGUCACGGGUUUUUGGAAGCAAUUGUUUGUUUUAUUGAAGAGCAAUGCCAUCAAACUGUCCAGAGAUAAGGUACUCAUGGUUAUGAGGCUCCUUACGCACAUUGUCAUCGCUUUUGUCGUUGGAAUUCUCUACUUUCAAAUUGGUCAGGACGCCGCUUACGUCUUUGACAACUUCAAUCUAUUGUACUUUAGCGUCAUGUUCCUCAUGUUCAGCGCUUUUAACGCCACUAUUAUUACUUAUCCUACCGAGUUACCAAUUGUCACUCGCGAGCAUUUCAAUCGUUGGUACAAGCUUCGAUCAUUCUAUUUGGCUAAUAAAUUAGCCGACUUGCCAGUGCAGAUUGCUGCGGUUUCUACAUUUGUACUGAUAGUUUAUCACAUGACUGGACAACUUCCGGAAGGAAGGAGACUCUGUCUGUAUAUGUUUGUGUGUAUUGUGGUUAGCUUAGUCGCUCAAACAAUCGGCCUUAUUCUAGGAACUGCCAUGAGCCUACAAAAUGGGGUCAUCUUUGGACCGUUUAUUAUUUUACCGUUUAUGAUGUUCAGUGGAUUUUUUGUCCAUCGCAGCGACGCACAUCCUCUAUUUCAAUGGUUGUUUCACACAUCUUUCCUCAAAUAUGGAUUUGAAGGUGUCUUGGUAGCAAUUUACGGGUACGAUAGGAAGAGGAUGGCUUGCUCGAUUGACUACUGCCAUUUUUCACUGCCAACGAAAUUUUUAGAUACCGUCGACAUGCAAGACGUCAAUUAUUGGUUUAGCGUUUCUAUUCUUAUAGGUCUUUACUUUGUACUCAGUCUCAUUGCAUUUAUUACAUUGAGCAUUAGGAUGAAGAGACGCUGGUAAUGUGAGAAGAGAAUACAUGAAAAUAAAUAAUUACUUUAAUUAUGGAAAUUAGUAAAAUGAAAGACGCGGAUUAAGUAUAUCAAAGAGCGUACUUAACAGAACAGUAUGCCAGAAUGAUUUCAACGUCAUUCGAGGAAUGACUAAAAUCAAAAUCUAGUCAUUAAACCGCAGCGGAUCCAAUCGAUUGUACGGUGUACAAUAAUUGUCUAAUGCCAUGGCAUUAAAUUUCUAUAUAAAUCAUUGUGAACUUUUAUAAUUAUAUAUAUAUAUUUGCUCAAUCUUUAUUAAGAUUUAUAUAAAUACACUAUGUAUUUUUGCGUAAUUUUAUACGAACAUUGACAUAUCGUUAGAAAGAUUCUUCGCCUUCUAAACAACUAUCACUAAUGCUCAUAGAGUAUGGCUGUUCGUCCUUUUUAGCUGAAGCUAUAAAGAAAUUAAUUUUUUUUACGAAUCAAGCGUUCAAUAUUAUGGUACUUGGUAUUAAGCUAUGUCUAUUGUCUGGUGUUAGCUAUAGGCUCUUCAAAUGACUCCAUAAUGUUGACGCUAUCUAUGCUUGCGUUUGAUAUCUCAGAACAAAUAUGUUUGAUUCUGUCGAUUUAAAUCAUUUGAUAAUUAUUCGUUUGUGAGAUCGUAAUUAAAGUAUCCUAUAUAGGUACUAUGUAGCUAACAUUACAAUUAAUGACUAAACUUUAAAGACUGUCAUUUUUCGUGAAUGGCAGGUUUAGACUUUUUUUUUGGAAAUCAAUAUUCACUUUUGUACUUAAGAGUGCUUAUAUGUGUAUUGUACUUACGCGUUAACAGGUUUCCUGCCGACAAAAAUGACAACGAAAAAAAGUGGCCCAUUAGGGCUAUAUACAAAUUUAAUAAAUCUAUUUUAAAAUAUUUAUGGGAUAUCACGCUAUAAAUUUCAUUGUAAUAUAAUAAAUAGGACAAGUAUAGAUUCGUACGAAAGAGCUACUUUUUUAUCCGGCUAUAUUACACUUGGAUGCUAAUACAUCCUUAGUUAUUAAAUUGCAUUUUUAUAAAUAUUUAAAAGUAUAUCGGCGAGAAUAAUUGUGAUAUGAAUUUGUUUCAAAUAAUACACAACACUGCCAAAUACAAUAAUAUAUCAAUAUA